AUGUAUAUUAUAUUUCCUUCUAACUUGCUCAUUCAUAAUGCUCCACGACGCUUUUUUGUUUUUCUCGUCAUUGCCACGACAGGAAGCUUGAAGCCUCCUGGAAUCAAACGCCACCGGAGCCCUGUUGACGCGACGACCGGAGUUCCUGAGGACACUGAAGCAGCCUCUGCGAAGCUUACCCAAGCUCUUGCUAAGCAAGAGUAUCCCAACCAGAGUGUAGUUCCUCGUGACGAUUCCAACUAUGUUCUCCUUCCCGCCGAUACAUGGUGUGGUACAUUCGAAUCUCCUGCCGAGCCCGAAACCGACUUCACGAUAAAUGCCUACAUUCCUGAUCGGACCCGUCACCUUUGGCGACUCGACGAUGUAAUCACCUAUGGCUUCAUGCCCUACGAGACCAAGUACCACAGAAACAUUCCCGACAAGGCCGAGCGCUGCGAUCCCACGGAUUAUCGAAAAGACGCGUUCAAAGCUGCCUUGAAAGUCUAUCUGGACAACGUGCCUCUCAACUUCCAGGAGACGCACGAGGAUAUGAGCAAGCUGGAUUUCUCCAAACCAGAAGAUCGCAAAAAGGUUAACAUUCGCAUCGCUUUUGGGUGGCCAGUUCAAGGGGGAGCCUGGGGGUGGACUUCGGGGGGAGAGGCGCUACGAUGCGCACAACAAUUCGCAUCACUCUUUCUUGGGGGUCUUCCCAGCUCCGCAGAGGACGCGAAAGACUUCAAUAAAGAAUGGCUUGCUGAGGUGAAGCGGACGAUCUAUCAUGAGAUCGGCCAUGCCUUUGGACUAGACCACGAGCAUGAGUCGCCGCUGUCGCCAACGUCCAACAAGUUGGAUCCCGUCACUGCCACCAUGGUGGCUACACUGUUUGACGAGAAGAGUAUCAUGUUGUAUUCGGGCAUACCAUACAAAGCAGACCCGAAAAAGGUCACCAAGGACACCCUUUUCCCGUCUCAUACGGAUUUCGUACUCCUUAUGCUGAUGUAUCCUGACGUUGCUGAACCAAGCGGCGCGUUUGCGCAUGCGGCGAAGAGCAUGGGCUUUAACCAAGACUCGAUAGACGUCAUGCUGGGCAUGCUGAAAGAGGCAUUCGAAGAUCCCACCGCGAUCAAACACAACAUCAUUGACAACUUGCGCAAGAUUAUCGCAGACAAUAUCAAUGAACACGCUCGUUUGGCGGUUUGA